CGGGUGAACCUCAAGGCAAACAUGGGUUACAGGACUGUGGUGAUGUACAUGGAGAUCGGCUGCUUCGCGGUCUGUGUGGCCGGAUGGAUCCUCGUCUGUUCCACGAUGCCGACGGAGAUCUGGACCUGGUCUGAAGUCGGCAGCAUAGUCCUGACGACGUCCAACUACUUCUCCAACCUGUGGAAGGAUUGCAUAUCUGAUUCAACUGGAGUGUCUGACUGCAAGGGGAUUCCAUCAAUGCUUGCACUCAGCUGGGAUAUUCACAUGUGCCGAGCUCUCAUCAUCAUCUGUAUCAUCCUGUCCUUCUUUGGAUCAAUUCUGGUCUUAGUGGGGAUGAAGUGCACUAAGAUCGGAGGGACAGAAUUAGCUAAUGCUAGAGUUACCUUUGCCGGAGGGAUGAACUACCUUGUUGGAGGCAUGUCCGCUAUGGUUGCUUUCUCCUAUUAUGGAAACAAAAUUAGAGCAGAAUUUCAAGAUCCUAACUACAAAGAACAGAAAUUUGAAAUAGGCGUUGGUGUCUUUAUCGGCUGGGGAGGCUCUACCUUACUUGUUGUUGGAGGCCUUAUUAUCAGUAUCUUUGCAGGGAGAGAAGGGUGCCACUCGAGCUCAAAGAGAUAUCCUCCCUACCCGUUCCCUGAUGCCUACACAGCUGUCCCAACAAAAAAGAGCAUCGCGUCUCUGAGUCCCACAGAGAUUAGUGGCAGCAGAAAGUCGAGGGCCACCAGUGGCAGCAGAGCGAGCACCGUCUCUGCCAUCACCGACACCACCAGGACAACAGCUACUAAUGCAUAUGUGUGACCUAUCGGCAAUGGUGGAGGAGAACUGUUUCUUUUGUUUUUGUUUUCUAUAAUAAUACUGAGUGACUUUAAUGUUACACGUCUGUCAAUAUGUAUCAACUACAACAAAGUUUAGUGAACUAUUCACAUGUAAUCUCUGCUUUACUGACUACAAAUGGAAACAUAUUAUGCAUACAGGACGCAAGGUAAUAAAAAAGAUCACGUUGAAGAUUAUUUGUAACAGCACAAAAACAAUAUAUAAAAUGUUUUGUUGUUGUUUGUAUCUGUGGAUCUUUUUUAAAUGCUAUGCUGCUGUUUUGCCUGGGUGUUCUUGUAAUCUUCUAAUGUGAGGCAAACAUUACUGAAUUA